AUGCAAAAGUUCCUCAAAGAGCGACGUCAGUGGAUCCCCACUUUCAAGGAGGAGGACGCGGUUCAUGAAGCUGCCUCCGUACAGCUGCCCAAGUCGCUCGACCAGUUCUCUUUUGCCACUCCUGCUGAAGUUAACACGUCUUCCGCCGGUCUCAAGAGCUUGAAGGAUCUUGAAGACUCACACAAACGAAAAGCCGCUCUUCUCAACCCGGCUCCCCUGGCAAGUGCCACCAAUGGCACCAUUUUCGAAGAAGCAGGUCCCAGCUCUUCGACGUCGGCCAACGGAUCUGCAUCCGCUACUGCCCCUCCUGCCUCUGCAUCCCAAACGCUACCACCACCUCCCGCCCCGCCGUCUCGCAACCAGUCGUUCCGAACUUCGGUCUUUGCCGCUUCCGACGACUCGGCUACAGUUCGCCCAUCCGGCAGCAUCUCCCGCAAGCCUGCCGCCACUCUCGGUGUCCACGCAGGCAGCGCACCCGCUUCAACCGCUGUCUCUCGUGACAUUCCUCAGCGCAGCAGCUCGGUACGACAGGAUCUCUCUCUGCUCGCGCCCAGCACUGAGACAGAGACCGCUAAAGAUGCACAAGCGUCUGCGGCUACAGCGGACAACGAACCCGCUCGCCCUGCUAAUGGAAGAGUCGAACAGAUCAAGGAGCAGGCUGGAGUCUCGGAUUCAGCAGCAGCGACCGACGCGGCAACGGCCACUGGCAGUGUGCGACCGUCCAUGGACACGGCGGCAUUUGCUACUCCUACCGGAUCUCAAUCGCUCGACGGCCAUCAUGGCGCUUCCCCAACCUCGGCGCAGCAAGUUGCCUCGCAGGACGGCGACUCUGCGGCUGUUCAACCGACCAGUCCACCGCGUCCUCCCAAGAACGGACAGCGCACGCCUUCGCGACAGAGCAGCGCCGAGCCCAUCCGUAGUGCGCUCUCCAAGUCGCCCAGCACCACCUUCCAACCCACUCAAGAACAAGAGCAGUCGGUGGGUGAUACCCUGGUCGAAAAAGUGGUUCAGGCUGCACCAGCUCUGCAGAACGUCGUGCCUGGCACUGGCGCCGCUACCACUCGCGACGCCUGA